AUGACUGUAUACCUCACUUUCCCUGUGGCUAUGUUCUGGAUCUCCAAUCCUGAUGAUUGGUUUGAGAGUUGUGUCAUACAGCACAAGAGAGAGCUAUGGCCACCUGAGAAAGAGGGCCAGCACCAAGAGCUGGAAGAAUUCAAAGAGAGAAUCUGGAAGCAACAGGAGUAG